AGUCGACGAGAGACACACAAGGUUGACCCGUAUCUUCGCGCUCGCGAGGCUCGAGUAGCGCGCUUGUUCCACUCGCGACUCUUGGGUGGCAGGAAAACAUUCGCAUUCGAAACGUUAUCGCCGCCGUUAACGCUGUUUGAAUCGAGGUGGAGAAUCCAUUGCGUGUAUAAUCGUCAACCGUGUGGCGAGUACCAUCGCGAUCGGCAUCGUCGAGUGCCGAGUGCGAUACGCAAACGAAAACGUGAUAGUAUGAUGGUCUGAUCGCGGUUCCAAUAUGACCGUGGACUUCGUCGACUACUUCUGGGGCGAAAAGAAUAAUGGAUUCGACGUGUUAUAUCAUAAUAUGAAGCAUGGUGUAAUCGCCAGCAAGGAAUUGGCUGAAUUUUUGCGCGAGAGAUCAGCUAUAGAGGAGAAUAAUUAUAAGCUCCUUAGUAAGGUAGCGAAACAGGCAAGCAAUAGCACGCAAGGAACAUUUGCACCUGUAUGGGCUGCUUUGAGAGGUGCCGCUGAGAAACUCGCUGUUUUGCACUUGCAAAUGGCCCAGCGGGUAACCGAACUUAUAAAAGAUGUAUCAAAAUACGCAGAUGAACUACAUAAGAAGCACAAGGCUGUGAAAGAAGAAGAAUCUUCUACUUUAGAAGUUGUACAGAGUAUACAGAGCAUUACAGUGACAUUGCAUAAAGCGAAAGACAUGUGUUUACAAAAGGGUCUUGAAUUGGAAAAAUUAAAAAAGGACAAUGCCAGUCAAAGAGAGUUAGAAAAGGCAGAAAUUAAAUUCAAAAAGGCGCAAGACGAUUACAAGGCACUAGUGGAUAAAUAUACUAUCAUACGAAACGAUUUUGAGACAAAAAUGACUCAAGCUUGCAGGCGAUUUCAAGAUGUCGAGGAAACGCAUUUGAAGCACAUGAAGGAAUUUUUAAAUACAUAUGCCGAUGUUUUGCAAACUAAUCACGAGCAAGUCGGACAAGUGCACAUUGAUUUCAAACGACAAUGCGUCGAUAUGACAGUGGAGAAAUUAUUAGAGCAAUUCGUUCAGGGUAAAUACACGGGUUUUGAGAAGCCAGGUGUGAUCGAGUACGAAGAAGUCAUGACGAGUUUAGCCGAAAUGACAAGCCACUCUCAGUCUGAAGGCACCGUAGAGAUACCUAAGGAAACGUCAAAGGGCACCAACGGCGAAACAGGCGUAGCCGGUAACAGUCAUAGUUCAAAGAGAGAUCAGGGAUUAAAGAGGGUGGGUGAUACUUUGAGGGUACUGGACGGGGAAAGCGGGAGGGUGGUACUAGAAAAGGAUAGAGAAAAAGAAAAACAGAAGGAAAAGGAUAGAGAACUGUCACAUGUACAAGCCACCAAGGCUUCCCGCCGUACUACCUCGCUACUCAACCUGUUCAUGUCCAACUCCCAGGAAAAACAGAGGCAAGCAGGGUCGUCUGGUUCGGCACCUGCCACCCCUCAAGGGAACAACCUGCCUCCUGCUGUUCCACCUCCCAGCAUCUCCAGGAACCCUCUCAGAGGAUCUAAAUGGUUUCUCCGCAGUAGGAGAGAAAAGCGAAAGGAAAAGAAGGCAAAGAAGAAGAAGGAUCUCGUAGAAACAAGCAGCAACAAAGAAGAAAAGUCUGACCUGGAGGAUAAGGACGAUAGCAGAAAAUCGGAAACACCAACUCCGGAGGUGGACGAAGAUGGUUUCUGCAUCAGACCGAAGCCAGAUCCAUGGGAAAAUGAGAAAGGAUUUUAUUCUAGUUCGGACACGGAUUCAGAGGACGAGAGGGAACGUAAGAUCCGAGUGGAGAUAAAGCCUCUCAGCAAUGGCGGUGCACCUAUGAGUGCCAGCGUGGAUGAACUGAGGGCGACAGUGGAAAAUUUAUCCUUAUCACCUGCACCAACAGGACGUAGAGGAUCGAAUACCGAUUCCGAUCAUCACAUGAAAAGGUCUCAGUCAGUGUCACAGCAAUUAGGAGGUAAGCCAAGCUCAGAUUUACUUGGCCUAAACUUGUUCAAUCCUAGCAGUACACCGUCGAGCGCAUCAACACCGACCGGCAGCCAUCCUUACGCCCCACUACAGAGUCCUCCGCCGAUCUCCACGUCACCGACCCUGUCGCAGCCGCCACAAUCCGCGCCUCCGAUACACUCCCACACCCGAUUCCCAGACGGAGAUUUAUUUUCGGAAGUCGGAGACAUAACGCCAGCAUUGCCGCCCAAACAAUCCGCAUCCUCGACACCGACCGGGUCAAUCGUCAUACCUAGACCUCCGUCACGCAGAGGAGAAGGCCCUUCGUCGCGUGGCAGAAUGUCACCUGCGACGAUAUCUCGCGCUGAUAGCGUUGCCAGCCUGGAAUUUCGCACAGCCGGCGUAGGCGUCGGCUCUUCGCGGGGACCAUCUCCGCUCACGAUCGGUCUGGCCGACACUAUUCCAUUGGCGGUAGCGUUCCACGAGAUAGUGCAUUCCUACUUUCGCGGUACGGAUGAAACCCGUUGCCAGGUGAAGCUUAGCGGCGACAUGAUGCUCUCGUUCCCAGCCGGCAUUGUCGCGGUCCUGGCGAACAAUCCUAAUCCCGCUAAACUUACCUUUCGCGUGAGAAAUACCAACAGACUGGAGAGGCUAUUGCCAAACAGUCAGCUUAUUAGCAUGGAUGCGACACAAACUACCGUUGACAGUACGAUCUUCGAAUUCAACAUGAGUGCCUUAACUACGUUGCUACGGCGACAAGCCGAACAGAAUCCCUCAGCCUCGUAUUUCAACGUAGACAUCCUCAAAUACCAGAUCAAGUGCAAGGACGGCGCCGGUUCUUGCCCCUUUCAGUUGGUCGCGUAUUGGAAAUGCGAAACAACCCAUACCGAUCUCAAGAUCGACUACAAAUACAAUAGUCGCGCUAUGGCCUCACCAAGUCCUUUACUAAAUCUUCAUGUAGCAGCGCCCAUCGAUGGCGGCUUCAAAUCACUCAAUAGUAAACCACCGGCGCAAUGGAUACCCGAUACAAAUCGCGUAUUGUGGAAAUUCACAGAACUUUCGCAACAUAGCGAAGGUAACGGAGUCGGGUCCCUGAAGGCGCGGAUCGAGCUGGAACGUGGUCCGGGCAGUCAGGGCACCAUAUUCACCCAGUUCAAUUGCGAAGGGACCACACUGUCGGGCGUUGAAUUUGAACUCAUAGGUUCCGGAUAUAGAUUAAGCUUGGUGAAGCGAAAAUUCGUGUCUGGAAAGUACAUAUGCGAUGGGGAUUCGGAUUCGCGUUCUAGAUACGCCGCGCCGCCAUCCAAUGUGGAUUGACGACUUCCGGAAUGGGCGCCUCAAUGGGAGAGCCAGCCUAUUUAAUAUUGGUACUUGCUUAAUCAUUCACUGCCCAUAUCACGACUAUCGAUCAUACAUAGCCUGAAUACGUGUAGGGGAGUCUGUUGGAUACCAAGUAUGCAUCGAUUGAAUAUCAAACGAGACUUCUUUUUUUUUUUAAACUCGUAGAUUAAUACGGCUUAUUGCAAGAAAGUGUUCUAGAGCAAGAUUGACCGAAGUACUAUGUCGCUUUCGAUGAAAUAUAAAUGUGAUCGAGGUUCUUUUUAAUGCUGCUUAAUUAUUCGUUUUAUUUGUGUUAAGCCAUACCAUAUUUUAGUAGUAACUGUAUAGCUUAUAACAAAAUAAGUUAACUAACAAAAUUUAAAAAUGAUAUAUCGUUUGACACUAAAUGCAUUCCGAUUAACUAUGAAUUUUGAUAUGAUUUUGCAACUAGAACAAACAAGUAUUAUAAAGAUCUGACUUAUAAUCACUCAACAAAUGUGCAUUGUGUGUUUUAUAAUGUGUGUAUUUUUUAAUUUUAUUUCUAUAUUCCAUAUAAGGAUGCAUUAUACUAUUUUAACCAAAAUUUGCACAUAUAUGUAAUAUGAUAAUUUUAAUCCCUUAAAAAGAUUUUUAUGGAAACAUUUUUUGGUACCCAACAUACUUCUUAACACGAUGACUUCCGCCAUUUGAUUCUCUCUACAUAAUCAAAAUGUAUUGUAACAUUUUUUUUUAUCUCGAUCUUCUACCAAGAUAUAGUACAACAUUCUUUAUUCUAUUGUUUAUACAUUUUUGCGUUAUUCUAAUAUAGAUAAUAUAUUAGCAUUACAUUAAAUGAUCAUACGGAAGAAAAAGUAUAAACGACAUAUAAACGUCGAUUAAGUACGUAUUUGCAUAACAUUUAUAUUUCAAACAGAAAGAACGUAUUAUUGUGAGCUUUUCAGCGAGGAGACCCUACAUACCAGCCAGUUUUUACUUUAUUUUCGUAUACAGAGAUAAGAAUAUUAAACAGUAAGUUGUGCGAUAAAACGCGAAUAAAACUGUCUUACCGAAUAAGAUAAUGAGAGAGCGAAAGUGUGUAUGUGUGUGAGAGAAAGAGAGAAAAAGAAAAAAAGUUUCAAAUCAACGAUACUUUUUUAAACGUUAGCGCACGUUCGAUGCGAGGCGAAUCAAAUACAGUCCUGUAUUUUUGAACAUUUUAAAGUUAAAACACAAUUUCGAUGUUGAUAACAGGACUCUAGAUUUAGGUAUAGCUAAUGGCGAACGCUGAAAAGAGUUGUUUGUCUAAAUGUUUUAAACUGAGAUUCUUAAUAUUAUACGUAAAACGCUGAAAGUUUCCUACUUAUUAGGAUGCGGCGCGUUCCAUUUUCGCCAGUAAAAACAUAUUUCUGUUAGGUGACACUCGUUUUCACAUGCCACUAUUAUUGUACACAUACUGGUUAAUUUGUAAUCAACCAUAAGAUUACAAAACACUACUGAUAUUGAGAUAUUUUAUACAAAACUUUGAUUCAUAAUAUAAGUUAGUAUUUUAAAAAUAUUAGACGAGCAAUUAUUUGUAUCAAUAUUUUUUAUUGUCAUUAAAAUUGAUUAUUUGAAAAUUAAAUAACGAUUAAUUUUCAAGUAUUUUGACCUAAUAGAAUUUCAGCAAUUG